AUGGUUGCCGCUCUUCGAUCUGCUGUCUCUUCGCUCGUCCGAGCUCGUGCUCCAUUGGCCAUUGCCCGCCAGGCUACUCCUGUCGCGCGUGCCGCCAUCGUCACCCCCCGCUUCGCACCUGUGCGCUUCUACGCCGCCUCGGCAGGUCUCUCCAAGUCGGACAUCGAGACCAGAAUCGUUGACGUUUUGAAGACUUUCGAAAAGGUUGAUCCCAGCAAGGUCUCUGCCGCUUCGUCGUUCACCACUGACCUGGGUUUGGAUUCGCUUGACGCUGUCGAGGUCGUCAUGGCCAUCGAGGAGGAGUUCACCAUUGAGAUUCCCGACGAGGAGGCUGACAACAUCACCACCGUUCAACAAGCCAUCGACUACAUCGCCAAGACCCCCGAGGCCGUGUAA